CUACUCUGUUUUUGUGCGUUCUGACAGACACGGCGCCGUGCUUAUGCACAGGCUUCCCUUCCGCCUCCUGUGCUUUCGUAGAAGAAAGGUGAAACGCUUUCUCUGCUGGUGUGCGAGGGGGCAGUUUCUGUUCUAUGAGUGUUUCGAGAUGGAUGAACAAGUGGAGUGCGCGAUGAGAGACGGUAAGUUCUACGCGACCACCACAAAAGGUAAGGAAAUGUGUCCACCUCAUUGCUUUUUUCGUGCUGCACCUGGACUGAAGAGCUCUUGUGAAAUCAUAUCAAAAAGCAGCUUUGAAUGAUAUUUGGCGUUCGUUCGCGGGCGGUCGGGGCAGGGGCAGCAAGAUGGUGUCUCCAGCGUCGGGUGACCUUGUUGCCGGCAGGAACGACGUGUUGAAAGUCGGGAUGUAUCCUGUGCGAAAGUACCGUACUCGUGCUAAUUCUCGCAGCCUUCUUGCACGGCAGGUGAAGGUGUGCGUUGCUACCUAAUUCUGCAUGAAAAAUUCCAUCUUUCAUUCUGAAAGCAUUUGUGAUGCAGGAGUUACUACUAGUACCAUACUUUUUCUCCGCAUAGGAAGACGGUGGAUAUUGCCGGCUUGAGGAACGCAGUAAAACUGAACGGGAAGAUAGGUAUCAUCGACGAAAUUAUCACUUGCGCCGAUUCUACGAACAGCAAUGCCGACCACUCCGCAAAAUACACCAGCUCCGCAGCUGCAAGAGAAACAAGCGAUGCUUCUCUUCAACUCAACGAGAAGUUCCGCGUGCAGGUCGUGGACCUGUCGCCCUUCUGCGGGAAAGGCGCAGUCGACUUCAACGCCGAGAAGGACUUGCCCAAGCCGGUGAUGAAGCGCUGCUAUUUGACAAGAAAUUCGACGUGUGAUGCGCAGGAGUACAUCCGGUACGUCGAGCGGAGUUUGCAGAUACUGAAAUGCAAGAGCAAGAAGCCCUUCGAUUUUCUGCAGGAAGAGGACCAGGAGGACUACGACAAGUUGGGGUGUGACCGGAAACACGCAACCGCCGACGUUGCCUUCGAGCUCGCGCACGGAGUCUACACUGACAUUCCAGCAAUUUCCCAGCCGGAGAUAAAGGCAAAGUUUGCCCCUGCAGGAAAGGCGGAAUUGACGAAGGCGGGGGACCGCGCCGGGGACGGAGGGGACGCUGGUCCAGCGGUUGCUGGUCGUGCCGAAUCGUCGUCUUCUGCGUCUGCCACUGUCACUGAAGAAUCACUUCUUCCGCCACUGGUUUUCUUAGCGGACGAGGGCGAUCAGUUUGUCGUGUUCGAAGCCGAUCCGUUUCGCGACCGGAGUGCGCAAAAGACACUGCUGCAACUCUGUGUGAAAAACAACUUUCACGCACAGCCCACCUUCGCAGUUUUCAACAGCGAUCACAUCCCCCGUCGCACGCUCGAGAACGCAUGUAAGAUCUUUGGCGACGAGUUUGCGGGGACGCUGCAAAAAAGGCAAGCGGCGAAACAACGAGCGGAACAAGCCGACACUGUGCUCGCCCCCCAACCACACCUUCGGGCGUUUUUUGUCGCGGACCGGGCGUCCAUGCGGGUCGUCGGCUUUUUGCAGUACCACGUUCUGGAAGGGGGACUUGCUCUCGACCGUCCAGCGACCGAGGAGGAAACCGCCGCACUUCGCAGCCGCAAGGGCAAGAAACAACUAAAGUACAACAAGAAAGCCCUCCAGGAACUGGAAGAGAAAGACCUGCUCAUGUCGACGCUGCCACCCAGCAAUGGCGUGUUUUUCGGCGACGAUGAAAGCGACGUGAAAGCGCUGGACUUCGUCGACCGCUAUCACAUCGACUACCGGUUAGUGGACGCCGACUUCCGCCACCUCGGUCUCGGCACGAAGCUUCUGCAGCGCUUGCGCGACCUAGUUUUGCUACGGUGUGCUGGACUGGAAACCGACCGCAAGAACUCCCCGCGCCCAGCCGUGGUCACCACGAAGAUUUUGAAGUUCCGGAACCACGCGAAGUGGUACAUGAACCUCGACCGCAUGGACAUGGAGUUCGAGCUGCCGGCGAGGUACGCCAUCGGACAGCAUCCCGGGAGCGAACCCUUCAACCUGAUUUGGACCCCGGUCGACCUGAAGAAGCGGCUCUUCGACGCCGCGGAUCGAACAAUCGUGGCCAGUACUUUGUCGUGUCCCGAUGGUUCUGCACAGCAAAAUGAAAAGAUGCCUUGCCGAUGUCUCGCUCGGGCUACCGAACUUCCCCUUGCAAACUUUCACGGGGGCGCUUUCCACUACACACUCCACUCGUUGCGGCUUGCCCAGCGGAUCGCGGUCCGGCGCAGUGAAAUCAUUGCAGCAAAUGGCGUCGACUCUGAUAAGACGAAGGAGUGGGAUCGGGAUACGACACUUGCUCCCUAUGAUGUGUGUGGUGGAAUGCCUUGGGUCAACGACGACACGCGUUUCGUAUUGGAGCUCGCAGGCAUGAUGGGAGAUGUGUAGACAACGACGGCAUGAUGGGAAAGAGAGCGAGGGCCGAAGGGUCCCUCACCGUAGAGACAGCCAGAAGGGAUGCCUCUACGCCCCCUCCCUGAUCGUUCUUCUGUCACCGCGAGUGACCGCUCGCGGGCGCGAAGAAACAGCGUAACGGGUGGGCGGGUGGGACGUAAAGAUUUUUGGCACGACCCCCGCAUGGAGAGCGGGUCCAGUCGUACCCCGUGCAUUUGCUUACCAGGGAUCUGCCAGCCCUUUUCCGAUGUGCGAAAGCACUUGCCGUCACUUACUCGAAAAUGGUGCACCGGGGUGCAUCGGUCUUCCGAGACGUUCCUACCGGGCUAUCCAGAGCCACACACCCGUCACGCCCUAUGGCAUGAUGGGAAAGAGAGCGAGGGCCGAAGGGUCCCUCACCGUAGAGACAGCCAGAAGGGAUGCCUCUACGCCCCCUCCGUGGAGCUGGUCGAGGGCUCUUUGGUCCCUCAGCCCGGUUGCCCGAAUUCAUCAUGUCAGCAUGCUUCCCUGGGUUCUUCGGGCCGCCGGCGCUGCGGCGUGUGGAGGGGGCGUAGAGGCAUCCCUUCUGGCUGUCUCUACGGUGAGGGACCCUUCGGCCCUCGCUCUCUUUCCCAUCAUGCCAUAGGGCGUGACGGGUGUGUGGCUCUGGAUAGCCCGGUAGGAACGUCUCGAAAUAGUAAAAUCAAGAAGAGUAUUGUCCUGGAUUCCGACCAAAGCUUGUUUAAAUGGAUUUGACGCUCGCCAAUGUGCGGAGUACUCAUGUAGUUCCUGAUCGUCGUCCCACCUCCACCAAUCACAUGCAGAGAACAAAUGACAAUGACCUUGAGUUAUGCACGUCGUUUUUUAGAAAUUAUGAAAAUAAAUCGAACGAGCCAGCUCGUGUUUUUUUUUUGUAGAACUUUUGGAACAGCAAACGACGAUUCCUAAAAAAUGGCUUCUUGCAGCUACGACUUUGGAGGCUGCAUUUCUGUGUCAAGCUUGACCUGAAUGAGCUAAUCAAUCUUGUUGUUUUCUCUUCAACUGUCCUCGUUAUGUCCA